AUGGAAGAAGCUUCACGUCAACGUAAAGAACGUUUAGAAACUAUACGUAAACGAAAGCUUGAAUCUUCAAAAUCUGAAGAACAAACUGUAGAUAACGAGGAAGAUUCUAAUACUGUAAAAAAACCCGCAUUGAAAUUUCGUAAUUAUACUCCGGCAAAUGAAGAAAUAAAAGCUGCUGCCAAAGUUCACAUAGCGACGCCAAAUGAUUUAGGCGAAACUUUAGAAAAGCAUGUAGAUCGAAUUACAAAAGAAGUGGAAGAAACUGAACAAGCAAAGCGCGAGGAAGAAGUAGAUUUAUUCAACCUGGCCCCAAAAAAACCAAAUUGGGAUCUCAAACGUGAUGUGGAAAAAAAGUUAACAAAACUUGAAAGAAAAACACAAGCUAAGGCAAGACUUCAAAGUGAAUCGACAGAAAAUACAUCGGUUGGUCUGAUCGAUGCCGUGAACGCGCAACAAAAAGCUGAUUUAGAAGAUAAUGACUCUGAUUAA